GACGCGCCAUGGCAGCAUCCAAAGGGGACAGCCGCGCUGAAGCGCGGCUGUUAUGGAUACACAGCCACGCGUGCGCCGUCGUCACGCGGACGGCUGUACGCCGUGCCAUGAAUGAGGGCGCGCCGUCGCCGUCGCAACGCAGCUGAGUGACGUCCUGGCAGAUAGAACAAACCAGGUGUGAGCACUGUCUUUCCAAAGUUACACUGAAGCCGUUGGAGGAAAGGUCGGACCUCAGGCCUUCCCGCGGCACCAACUACUGACGGCGGAUUUGCUCACAGAUCCUUCACAGCUGUUUCAAAGAACCAUUCUGUGAUUCUAUGAUCUUCCAGGACCCUUCCAAGCCACACCAUCCUGUGGUUCUAUCAUCUUCCAGGACUCUUCCAACACAAACCAUUCUAUGGUUCUGUGAUCACUAAGGAACCUCCCAAGCCACGCCGUCCUGCAGUUCUAUGAUCUUCCAGGACCCUCCUGUGCGGGUGAUGUCACAAUGAUGUGAUGACCUCACAGAGGCCCUGGGGUGGGGCAGGGGCAGUGGGUCAGCGCGGAACCUGCUGGCCCCAUUCUGCGGUUGGUUCUGGUCCAGCGAGGAGCUGUGCGAGUGGUGCAGUAAUGCGGGUUCAGUUUGGCAGCGGAAUAAUAGCACAGCAGCGUGUGAAGCUGGUGCAGAAGUUGCUGCAGGCUCAGGAGUGGGCCGAUGAGAAGCGCAAGGCCAAGGCCAGGAGAUCCUUGCUGAAGGUGAGCACUUGCAGCGGCAUGGGGCUGGUGUGUGUGUGCAGGCACAGCAGUACUGCUGUGGGGCGUGUGGUUAGAGAAGUCCCCUCGUGUGGGUCUGCAGCUCCAGCUCUGUGGGUGCUAGCUGCCGUGAUGGAGGAGGCAGGAGGGGAUGGCGGCAUGGAGCUGCCAUCAGAUGAACCUCCGUGGGAGUGCUGCUGCCCUGAUGGCUGCUCCUCUUCUUCUUUCCCACAGGAUGCCCAGAAAUUACGGGCAGAAAGAACAGCUGCCAGGAAAGAGAAGCUGAAGCAGGUAGGAUGGAGCGCGGGCUCGUCCUCAGAGCUCAGCGCCCUCACAGCUUUGGCUCUGUGGGAGGACCUCGGUCCCCGUCCCUCGGGUCCAUGGGGCCCAGCUCAGCCGCCCCACAUGGCACACCCUUUGUCUUUGCAGGAGAAGCAUCUCGUUGCCCAGCUGGAAGAGCAGCUGCAGGCUGAGACAGAGGCGAUCGAGGUGCUGCGCCUGCAAGAGGAGCGGGAGAAGCUGGAGCUGGAGGGUGCCUGGCAGCAGCAUCAGCUGGAGCUGGAGGCAGCCCACGUGCCUGGGGCUGUGCUGCCGGAGCUGGUGGAGGCAGAGCUGGAGAAGAAGGAGCGGGCGAGGAGACGUGGGCUCGCCUUCUGGAUGAAGACAAUCUGCCUCAUCUUCGUCAGCCUCCUGCUGCUGCUCGUUGCCGUGCUGGGCUCUGCAGUGCUGUACGCCCAGCACUAUGACCAGGAGCUGUUGUAUCGGCUCCUGCUGCGAGUGCUGCCCCAGGCAAUGUACGCUUCCCCGGCGUACUUUGCGAGCAGGAGCCUGCGUGUGGUCUGUGAUGGGCUGCUGCCCAUCUGACCACCCCUCUCAGUCCCCCCUCCCAGCUCGGGGCUGCGCAGUGGUGGGGCGCGGGGAGAGGGCUCUGUCCCCACGGAAGGGGCCUCUCCUGUGCUCCUGCCCCCAGGGGCGCACCGGCAGAGCUGUGGGGCAGUGCCGGCAGGCGGCUGAGUGCCACCACUUUGGACUUACAAAUAAGUUUGUUCUGUCGUCGUCAACUGAACACCACCACCUCCGACGACCCAUCAGACUGAAGAUGUGCACCUGACGCCAGGACGUGGCUUCUUGGAUUCUUUGAGACUUCGUAGCAGCCAUUUCCUUCAGCUGGUUACCUGUAAGGCUUAUGAAUUGUAAUUAGCCCAUUAGGCAAUGUUACCUCCAGUGGGCUGUUGUCAGUUGUUAAGAAUGCUGUCAAUAAAUGGAUGUGUAUUAA